UAAUGCAGCAGUGUUAUGGAAGGGACAGUCAAAACCACUCAAGACUUCGAGUUAGUUCUGUGAUAUUGCUUCGGAGUGGAGCUAAAUAUGGUGUUUUUCUUUUCUACUAAUUUUGGAAUCCGAUAGUGCAAAAAUGGAACCUUUUUAUACACCUGUGUGAAAACUUUCGUGACCUAAUGCUGUAACUUUUCACAACUGGAUAAUUAAGAUGGAAAAUGCUGAUGAGUCCGGUGUUGGUGGAAAUGAACUUUCAUUAGGAAUGAAUCAAAUUCUUUGUGAAAAUACAUCACCAAUUGGCAUGGGGCCUGAUUAUGAUCUUCAGCAAAGCAAUCUUGCUCUUCUUAAAGCUGAACUUAAGCAGUUAGUGACUCAUGACAGAGAUUUGUUAAAAAAAGAAUUAUCAAAGAUUCAACAUCAUGCACCUUCACCUUCUGUUUCAGCACCAUUUAACUUCUCUUCUGCUGGUACACUACCACGUUCAACCUACUCACAGCAAUUGUCCUCAGUACGGGACUAUGAUGCCCUUCAGAGACAAUGUGAGGCAGCAAUGAGUGAGUUGCAGUCCUUAAAAAGACAGCAUGAUAGGUGUGAAAAGGCUGUCCAAGAAUCUGAAUAUUAUCGUGGACAGCAUAGAUCAGUCUUAUCAAAACUAGAUUCCACUACCCAGGAGAUGCAUACACUGAGGUCAAAGUAUGGUGAUGUUUUAACAGGGAAACAGCGUUUGGAACAAGAAGUUCAUAGUUUGAGUCAAGCUAGAGAAGAAGACAGAAAAGAGAUCAAUGAUUUGAGAAGACAGCAACAGGAAGCUGUGAUAAAAGGGAAUGGGACUAGUGAAACACUUAAUCAACUCUAUGUAAGCACGUUACGAAAAUGUGAAGCAAUCAAGGAUGAGCAUGACUCAUUGCGCAAAAGAUAUGCUGAUCUUGUCGCCUCUCAUUCAGCUGCAGUAAGCAAGCUUGAACUUGCCCAGGAGGAGAUGACGCGCUUAAAGAAACAAUAUGAAGAAUCGAUUCAGGAACGGAAUGCUGCCGUACGUGAGAGGAACGUUUUGAAGUCCCAGUGCACACAGGCCAUUAUGCAAUGGGACAUUGCGAUCAGGGAGAGAAAUACCUAUAUGGAUUAUUUAACUAAAAUCCAACUUCAGCAUGAGGAAGAAAUAAAUAAAGGAAUGGCUCUAAGAAUGAAAAGCAACAAAGAUUUGAAGCGGUUAACUGAAGAGCGGAAUGCUGCGAUGGAGGAAUACUCGCUUGUCAUGCGGGAGAGAGACUCUGUCCAUAAAGAAAUUGAGAAACUGCAAGAUGAUCUGCUACAGUCCAAUAAAAAAUUGAAAACCUUGGAAAUUAAGAGCAGUGAAUCCCAUGAUGAAAAGAAAAUGUUGCUGUAUGAAGUUGAGUCGUUGCGUAGAGAAAUUAAAUCUGCUUUGGAUGAUCGUGACAACGCCUUAAAGGAACUACAUCACAUGCGAGAAAGAUACGGUGAAUAUCAAGAACCUCAAUGGAAUGAGAAUCUACGUCUGGAUGACCAAGAAAGAAAAAUUCGUUUUGGAAUUGGAAACGGCUGCCUGGGAGGUGAACAAGUUCGCAAAGACCGUAUUGAAACACCAAAAAGUGGCAGAGGUGAACUGUACCCAGUAGAUGGGGGCGAUCAAGAGGUUGAGCAACUUAAAAAACAGCUUGAAAAAAUCCAAACAGAAUAUGCAGAAGCACUCCAAGAAGCUGAAGUGUCAAAACAACGCCGGGACUGGGCCUUUGGUGAACGAGAUAAAAUUGUCUUGGAAAGAGAGUCAAUACGGACGCUGUGUGAUAGAUUGAGACGCGAAAGAGAUAGAGCCGUCUCUGAUUUGGCCGAAGCGCUUCGAGAUUCUGAUGAUGUUAAACGUCAGAGAAAUCAAACUUUUAAGGAGCUUAAAGAAUUGAAAGAGAAGCUCGGAGAUCUUCAGUUGGAAAAGGAAAAAGAAAAAGAAAGCCGUGCACCUCUUAAUCAUAGCUAUGAUUCUGCACUGGGAACCGACUUUUCAGAUGGCGACACCGAAACCGUAGAGGUUGAACUUGAUUGGUCCAGCUCUCUAAUGGAUUUUGGCUUUCUGUUAGCGGGUGGGAAAAAUCGUCCCGUUUACAGUAAUGACUACGGUCUCUACGUAGUGUCUGUAACGCGAGGAGGUCCUGCCGACAGUAAACUAAAGAUCAACGAUUGUCUUCUCAAAGUUGGCACACUGAGUUGCACUGCGGCAGACGCCGAAUCGGUUCUGAAUCUGCUGCGGUCUUCCAAAAUGCCCGUUACCCUGACAGUCAAACGAAAGAGGUGCUUAUAUCAGGGAUUGUACUCGGUCAAGUUACCUUUGGGUGGUGCCUCUCAUGGACUGACAUUGGAAAGUGGAAUUUACAUACGGUCUAUUACUCCUGGAAGCAUGGCCGCUCGAGAAAGCUCUCUCAAGGUUGGAGAUCGCUUAUGCAGUAUUAAUGGUAGAAUUUUGGACAGCAUGGCUAGUUUUGUCGAGGUUUGCAGAAUCUUAGACGACAGUUUCGGCAAAAAUGACGGGCCUGUAAUAACUGUUAUCCGAGGAUCGUUUGCGUCUACGAAUUUUCCUGUGUCACUACCCUCGCUUGGAUCACCAAGCAGCAGCUCAAGUGCACAUAACAUAACUGAAGAAGAAAGCCACAAUGAUGUUCAGGAACAAGGCAAGGUCGAUAGUCAUUUUUCUACCGCUCGAAGACACCAAGGGAGUAAACAUUCUAAAGGUUCCUCGUUGUCAUCCAAUGCCCCAAGUAAUGUCUCUAGCGCUGGUUCCAUAGCUUCCGCUGGGUUAGUUGUCUGGGACAUGUUUCGUGAAACACUGGGUCGCCCAAAACGACCUAAUGGUAAAGAAAAGAGUAAUCAUCACACGGAUGACGGAAAACGGACAGUCCGCAAUACUUCAAACAGUCCUAUUGCAAGCGGAACUGACCGCGAGGCAGCUGCAAUCGCAAUUUUAGAAGACGUUAUUGAUCGUUACAACCCUCACACCGUUACCAACAGUGACGCUGCUUCCAUUUCGGGAACUCAUAAAAAAAAAAAUGAAAUGGGUUCUGGCCUCGUUACCCUAAGUAGAAGAAAACGAAUUAUGGGCAGUUCGAAAUCUGAGUGCAAAAGAGAUGAUACGAGGAUGAACAGUGGCGGCACAUGGCCUCGGUGUCGCGCUGGAUCUCCUUUCGUUUCCGGAGAAUAUUUAGAAGGAGCCAAUACGUUAUUUCACAGUUAUAAAUACCCACGUGCCAGGUUACCACUUUCCGUGUUUAUUGAUGCCUCCAAGACUUCCAAAGAUGAGGUGGCAGUUGAUGACACGACCGAUGAUGACAAAGAUUCGGGCCAAACAGCUCCUAGUGGUGACUACAGGACGUACGGGGACAGAACUAGCAUGGAAACUGUUGAUCCACCGUCUGACGGGAGCAUAGACCUUUCCGUGCAAUCGGGCAACUUAGGCAAAGAGGAUUUAGGCAGAUACUUGAAAAAAAAAGGAAACGCUGGUUGCGGAACAACGUGCAAAGCCGAUGCGGACACCGAAGUUUGUCGGAAUGGACAAUUAGCUCCGGCUUCUGGGGCCCAGACUCUUACAACCGUUGCCAGUGGUUUGUCUGGAGGCGGACCUGUUCACGUUCACGCAGCACUGCCUUCUAGCCUUCCAACGCAUCUGCGCAUACAGUCUCAACUUUAUCCAACAGCGCUACAUUCUUCUCUGAAAUAUAAAGUGUCUCCUCAUGUAGGGCAUAUGCAUAGCCAUCAACACAAUUUGUCUCCGCCUCGUUAUUCCUCGCCGACUCCACUACCUCGUCAACCAACGGAGAGCCCAUACGAUUUUCCAUUGGGAGGACCACACAGCCUUCUUUCCAACAAAUCGUACAGCCAUACCCAGUCUCCAUCGAUUGAUUCAAGUUAUUCAAUGACACACAAGCACAGCCAUAACCAUUCCUCCGUCCCUGUACCUUUUGGAUACGAGUCGAACCGAGGGAGCCAUACAGAAUAUGUACAGCUUCCCUAUUCUGAUGGCAUUGGAACAGUUAAAAAAGAACCAGCAAGGAUACGAAUUCCCUCAAACCCAAGCGUAACCAGCAGAAACAGCAUUGGAAGAAUAUCGACCAGCAGUGUUGAACGCCUAUCCGAACAGGGAAGCCCGAUGCCUAAUUUUCAUGUUGAAAUUCUCAGUCCAGGUCGACCAGGCACUGGCGUCGGUAGUCGAUCGUCAAUCGAAGAAUAUUCUUGGACUACCGGUACUAGUUCCAAGUUUAAGCCGGCACCGGAUGAGCUACGCAGGGUGUAUAUAGAAAAAUCUUCAGAACCAUUGGGUAUUCAAAUAUUUUGUCGCAAUUCGGGUGGGGUGUUCGUUUCUUCGGUGCACCAAUCUAGUUUGGCCGCACAAGUUGGACUGCAGGUUGGCGAUCAACUCUUAGAAGUUUGUGGCAUAAAUAUGCGUAGUGCCACGUACCAGCUUGCCGCAUGUGUCCUUCACCAAUGUGGGGAUUCCAUAACGAUGUUAGUUCAGUACAAUCCAACAAAGUAUCAAGAAUUACAGGAAAUGAACGGAAUGAGUUUAAUGGGGCCGCCUUCAGUGACGAGCUCGAGCAGCGAGUGCGACGGCAAUGGUGGAGGGUCGCACCAGCGAUCCAAAUCGCGUUCAGGCUCACCUACACCCUGCAAUUCCCCCCGGCAUUCGCGAGAUCACAGCAACAAUAGUGGUAAUGGAAGCAGUUCAAAAGCUGACGUUAUCGAUCCAGUUUCAGCGUCGUUAAGGAACACAUUACAGUUUGAUCGGUUGAUAGAUCGUGGAAGUGAAUCUCGUUCUUCAAUUGUUCGGCCUCCUUCGAUUCACGGGACUCUUACACGUCACCAUGCUCUAGCCACUUUAAAAAGGCCAACCUCAGUAAUCAUUCCGGCUACUGUAGUUGACGAAAAUGGCGGUAACUGUCGGGAUCGUGACAGGGAGCCGCGUCUUGUUCAUCUUGAGAUGAAGAAAGCGCACAGCCUUGGGAUCAGCUUGGUUGGUGGAAACGCUGUGGGAAUUUUCAUUCACGCCGUUCAAAAUGAGUCGCCAGCUUUUAAGGCUGGUUUGCGUUGUGGCGACCGAAUUCUUGAGUUCAACAGUGUUAACCUACGAGAUUCUACGGCCGAACAAGCGGCCUACGAACUAGCGAAACCCACCGAAAAGGUGACGCUGAUUGUCCAACAUGACAUGGAGCGCUAUAGGGAAAUUGCUGAACAACCAGGUGAUAGUUUCUACGUUCGAGCUCAGUUUGAUAAAAUGGCAUUCGACAGCCACGAACAAAUGGAACUCGGCUUCCGUCGCGAUGAUAUUCUUCAUAUCGAUAACACCAUGUUUAAUGGUGUUCCAGGAUUAUGGAGAGCGUGGCUUGUUGAUAACGAAGGUCGUAAAGUCCGUUGCGGUGUCAUACCUUCCAAGUAUAAAAUUGAAGAAGAACUUCUUCAACGCUCCAGUUUGGCUGACUUAGAUCACGAAUCACGACGUUCUUCAACAUCAGCACGACGCAGUUUCUUCAGGAGGAGGAAGCAUACGCGUAGUUCAUCAAGAGAUUCAAAGGAGAUUGCCAGUUUUUCCGAUGCAAGUUUACAGUUAGGAUCUUCAGAGGGUUUAGGCCUCUCUUCUAUCUACGUUCAGGAAACUGUUCCUCCGCGUCCUGUUUCAUAUGCUCAAGUUGAACGAUAUGAUUGCAAAGAAAUUCGCCCCGUUAUAAUAGUAGGGCCGCUCUCGGACUACGUGGUUGACAAACUUGUCCAAGAAUUUCCACGAAAAUUCGUUCGCGUGAUGCCAGAGUUAAUGCCUUACCCUGAAUCAUACAUGGAGAAAAACCUUGAUGAAAAUAACUUCAUUGAAUAUCGACGAAAAGGAACACACUAUGAAUGCAUUACCGUAUCUGCAGUUCAAAGUGUUGGCGAAAAGAACUUACAUGGCGUUUUAGACGUUUCGUUGAAUGCCGUCUCGCGAUUGCAUAACCGUCAUUGUUUCCCGAUUAUUAUUCUUUUGAAGUUCAAGUCGGUUAAACAUGUUCGUGAGGUCAAAGACACUCGCGUACCCUCCGAUAAAACGGCAGCUAAAGCAGCAAAAGAAAUGUAUGAGCAUGUCAUCAAAGUGGAAGCUGAGCAUCGUCAUCUGAUAUCGGCCGUAAUACCAGCAGGUGGCAAUUUGGCAUGUUUGUGUACGCAAGUAUCUGCAGUAGUCGAACAGGAGCAAACAAAAAUUCUGUGGGUGCCUCGUGGUUCAAUCUGGUGAAUUACUGUACAGCAUUUCAAUUUGUGAUGGGCAGCCUUCUCGGUUACUUACCGAUUUUUAACGUUGUUAUGACUCUUGCGGGGUGACCUUUCUUUGUACUUUUAUAGCUAUUUUUAUUGUGUGAAUUAUUUACCGACUUUUUCGCAUUCGAGCUUGUUUCAUCAAGCGUGUGUACAUUGUAUCGAUUAUAUAUUGGACAAUACAUUCAAGCAAUACUGUA